GGAACAGCGGUGAGCCCGGGCGGCGGCGGCGGCGGCGGCGGCGGCGGCAGCGGCCCGAGCGAGAGCCCGAGUGGCGGCCAGCGGCCGCAAGAGCCACGGGCUGCGCGGGGGCGGCCCGGAGCGCCCCAGGUCCCCGCGUCCCGCUCGUCCGCCGCGCUCCGAAGAUGGUGGCGGCGCCGUGCGCCCGGAGGCUGGCCCGGCGCUCGCACUCGGCGCUGCUCGCGGCACUCACCGUGCUGCUGCUGCAGACGCUGGUCGUGUGGAAUUUCAGCAGCCUCGACUCUGGGGCUGGGGAGCGCCUCGGGGGCGCAGCGGUCGGCGGCGCCGAACAGCCGCCUCCGGCCCCGGCCCCGCGCCGCGAGCGCCGGGACCUGCCCGCGGAGCCGGCUGCAGCCCGAAGAGGAGGCGGCGGCGGCAGCCGUGGAGGACGGGGGCCCCCAGCGCGGGCACGGGGAGGCGGCGCCGGAGAACCCUGGGCACAGCAGCCGGCCAGCCGGGGGGCACUGCCCGCGCGGGCUCUGGACCCACACCCAAGUCCGCUGAUCACCCUGGAGACCCAGGAUGGCUACUUCUCUCACCGACCAAAAGAGAAAAUGCGAACAGACAGCAACAACGAGAACUCGGUCCCCAAAGAUUUUGAGAAUGUGGACAAUAGCAACUUUGCACCGAGAACUCAAAAGCAGAAACACCAGCCUGAGCUGGCAAAGAAGCCCCCAAGCAGACAGAAGGAGCUUUUGAAGAGAAAGCUACAGCAGGAGAAGGGGAGAGGACAUUCAUUCCCAGGCAAAGGCAUCAAUGAGGUGCUGCCUCCUGGUGAGGGAGCUUCAGUGAACAGCAGCCGUGGGAAAGAUGCCCCCGGCCAGCCCCAUGCCAGGAAAAGCGGUGGUAGCUCCCCUGAGCUCAAGUAUGACCAGCCCCCCAAGUGCGACAUCUCGGGCAAGGAGGCGAUCUCUGCCCUGUCCCGCGCUAAGUCCAAGCACUGCCGCCAGGAGAUCGGGGAGACCUACUGCCGCCAUAAGCUCGGGCUACUGAUGCCAGAGAAGGUGACCCGGCUCUGCCCUCUAGAAGGCAAGGCCAACAAGAAUGUCCAAUGGGACGAGGAUUCUGUGGAGUACAUGCUGGCCAACCCAGUCCGAAUUGCUUUUGUCCUGGUGGUCCACGGCCGUGCCUCUCGGCAGCUGCAGCGCAUGUUCAAGGCCAUCUACCACAAAGACCACUUCUACUACAUCCACGUGGACAAGCGCUCCAAUUACCUGCAUCGCCAAGUGCUCCAGUUCGCCAGCCAGUACGACAAUAUCCGUGUCACCCCCUGGCGGAUGGCCACCAUCUGGGGAGGAGCCAGCCUCCUGUCCACAUACCUACAGAGCAUGCGGGACCUCCUGGAGAUGACUGACUGGCCCUGGGACUUCUUCAUCAACCUCAGUGCAGCCGAUUACCCCAUCAGGACAAAUGACCAGCUGGUGGCAUUUCUCUCCCGAUACCGAGAUAUGAAUUUCUUGAAGUCACAUGGCCGGGACAAUGCAAGGUUCAUCCGGAAACAGGGCCUGGACCGGCUUUUCCUGGAGUGUGACGCCCACAUGUGGCGCCUGGGGGACCGGCGGAUCCCAGAGGGCAUUGCCGUGGAUGGAGGUUCAGAUUGGUUCCUGCUGAACCGGAAGUUUGUGGAGUAUGUGACGUUCUCCACAGAUGAUCUGGUGACUAAAAUGAAGCAGUUCUACUCCUACACCCUGCUUCCUGCUGAGUCCUUCUUCCACACAGUCCUGGAGAAUAGCCCUCACUGCGACACCAUGGUGGACAACAACCUGCGCAUCACCAACUGGAACCGCAAGCUGGGCUGCAAGUGCCAGUACAAACACAUCGUGGACUGGUGCGGCUGCUCCCCCAAUGACUUCAAGCCCCAGGACUUCCACCGCUUCCAGCAGACAGCCAGGCCCACCUUCUUUGCCCGCAAGUUCGAAGCCGUGGUGAAUCAGGAGAUCAUCGGGCAGCUGGACUAUUAUCUGUACGGGAACUACCCUGCAGGCACCCCUGGCCUCCGCUCCUACUGGGAGAACGUCUACGAUGAGCCCGAUGGUAUCCACAGCCUGAGCGACGUGAUGCUCACCUUGUACCACUCCUUCGCCCGCCUGGGCCUCCGGCGAGCUGAGACCUCGCUGCACACAGACGGGGAGAACAGCUGCCGGUACUAUCCAAUGGGCCACCCAGCCUCUGUCCACCUCUACUUCCUUGCUGACCGCUUCCAGGGCUUUCUGAUCAAGCAUCAUGCUACUAAUCUGGCAGUGAGCAAACUUGAGACCCUGGAGACAUGGGUGAUGCCAAAGAAAGUCUUCAAGAUCGCAAGCCCACCCAGCGACUUUGGGAGGCUUCAGUUUUCCGAGGUUGGCACCGAAUGGGACGCCAAGGAGCGGCUCUUCCGCAACUUUGGGGGUCUCCUGGGGCCCAUGGACGAGCCGGUGGGCAUGCAGAAGUGGGGGAAGGGCCCCAACGUGACUGUGACCGUCGUCUGGGUGGAUCCCGUCAACGUCAUCGCAGCCACCUAUGACAUCCUGAUUGAGUCCACUGCUGAAUUCACCCACUACAAGCCCCCUUUGAACUUGCCUCUGAGGCCUGGGGUCUGGACAGUGAAAAUUCUCCACCACUGGGUGCCAGUUGCAGAGACCAAAUUCCUCAUCGCACCUCUGACCUUCUCCAACAGGCAGCCCAUCAAGCCAGAGGAGGCACUAAAGCUGCACAACGGGCCACACCGCAGCGCCUACAUGGAGCAGAGCUUCCAGAGUCUGAACCCCGUCCUCAGCCUGCCCAUCAGCCCUGCCCAGGUGGAGCAGGCUCAGAGGAACGCAGCCUCCGCCGGUACUGUGCUGGAGCACUGGCUGGAUUCACUGGUGGGCGGGAUGUGGACUGCCAUGGACAUCUGUGCCACAGGCCCCACUGCCUGCCCGGUCAUGCAGACCUGCAGCCAGACAGCCUGGAGUUCCUUCAGCCCUGACCCUAAGUCAGAGCUGGGAGCAGUCAAGCCCGACGGCCGGCUCAGGUAGCACCAGGCAUGCGUGGGUCCCAGCGGAUGUUAAAGGGAACACAGCCAGAGGGCCUGUGGGGCUUGGACCGUGGCCUCCCACCCAGGGGGUGCCUUUUGUGGGAGGGGCUCUCCUAGCCAUAGAAUAAUGGAGAAGGGAGGUUCUGAGGCCAAAGUAGGGUCUGCUGAUGACCUGCAUCUGGCAAGCUGGCUCCUGGGGGUGUAGUCUUACCUCUUCUGGCUGAUCCUCAAGUCCUACAGGGUCCUUUUCUUCCCCCUCCAAUGACCCAACCCCCCAGACAAGUAAUUCUCAAACUUUUACUUUGAGCAGCAGAACUUUGUUUACUAAGCGCAGUCAUGGGUGGAAUCAAUGCGCAGAUGAAAUCCAGGCUGCUCUGGUUGAAGCUGGGGAGAGGGAGGUUCUUUCUCUAAGCUCAGCCCACCAGGCAGUCCCUUUGCCAAGAGCAUCUCCUAAGGUACCUCUUCAGAACCUAAGGGCUCUGCAAAACCCAGUUUGACAAGCACUGCCCAGAUGGUGGGUUUGAUCUCCAGCCCCACCCUUCAGCUCAUCGUUCCACCCCUCUGGUCCAGGAAACCCUUGUGCCAGCCCUGAAAUGACAGACCACAGAAAGUCACACUUGUGAGCCCCUCUCUAGGGAAGCAGCCAACUCAGGGUGGCUUGUAGCCUCCCACCAGCUGUUCCUAGCAAGUAGAUGAGCAGGAAAGCCUUUUGGUGUGACAUGGCUGAGGUCCACCAAACUGUGACUGCCAGUGUCCUGGGUUCCAGGCCACCCUCCCUUGAGGAAAAAUAGGAUGAUGAUGAACCUUGAGUCUCCAGCCACUUAUGAACCAGGAGACCAAGACCAUGACCUUGUUGAUCCUUGACAGAGGGAACACAGGGGUCGAUGGCCAUGAAACUCAUAUAGAAAUUGUUUGGAGCAAGACUUCUGAGCCAGACAGCACAGCAGUAUCUGUCACCUGCCUGAGCCUUUCUGUUCUGAGGUCAGGCGCCCCAGAAUUUCAUGAACCAACUGCACACUUGGUGCUGUUGGGAGUGACCAAAUUGCGUGGACCAGACUUUCCACAUCAAGGAAAAAGCAUUUCUGAUUUGGCUUUUAAAUUCAUGCCCUUCUUUAUCUGAGAUGCCAAGAAGCCCAUCUGACAUGCAGUGUAAAAGUGGGAAGCUUGAAUAUCUGGUGGUUUAAAACCUAAACAAUCGUAUUAUUCAAAUGGCCCAAGUUACCAGAGACCUGGAGGGUUUCCUUGCCAUGUGUCCCUUGGAGGCCCCCCUGUUCCUCUGAGAGCCCCCCAAAGGCUCCCUUCCUCCUCUGAUCCCACCCUCCCCCAACGGACAGGGUUCCCAUGGGCAAAGUGCCAUCCCUGGUUGCAAACUGUCCUUCCCAGGAGAGCGAGUCCUUGGUGUGUCUCUCCUGCAUGAGUUUGAAGGUACUGCAGUUCCCUUUCAGCUGUUGCCCCGGAAACCACCCCAUCCCCCACCCACCAAGGCAGGAUGUCCUAUGGGCCAUGGAGGAUAUAGAGAAAGGACACUUUAGAUAUUUAUUAUUUAUAUGUUUUAGUCAAUGACUAAUUAGUAGGUGCUGUUUUUGCAGCUUGUCAAUUACGUUAUCUUACUAACUGAAGCUGCCUUUAUUCACUAAAGGCCCCCCACCAGCCCUUCCCCUCCCUCUUCUCCACCGGUUAGUCUCUCCCUCUCCCUCUCUCUCUCUUUCCCUCUCUUUCCCUCUCUCUCUCUCUCUCUCUCUCUCUCUCUCUCUCUCUCUCUCUCUCUCUCUCUCUCUUUCUCUCUCUCUCUGUUUCUCUCUGUGUGUCUGCCCUACAGUCUCCAUGUCCUCAGAGGGCAGCAGGGGUGUUGGACACCAGGAGGAGAACACUUCAACCAGCAGCAUCCACUGGCUGAUGUGGGUAACAUGGGGAAUACCAGAGCCUCGCUUUUCCUCAUACAGGUGUUAGCCUCAUCUAGACCUCCAGUUCUGGGGGUGCUGGAAUUCCUGAGCCAUCCCCACACCGCCCCCACCAGCCACAGGGGCAGGACUGGCUGACCACUUAUGGAGGGAGUGCUUGGGCCAUCCCUGCUUCCUCUCUUGCCGACCUUCCUCAGUCAAUCUAACCAUGAAGCUCCAUGCAACAUGACAACGUGACAGAGGGAAACAGGCCACUUCCAAGCCUGGGAGGAAAAGAAAUCAAGAAAUCAAUUUUAGGAAGAGGGUAGGCGGUCAGACCAGGCCAAGAGAGCCCAGGAGAUGGCCAUUGUCAACAAUGGUUCCAGGAACCUCAGAGUGGCGUUCUCAGAAAGCCCCUCUGAUCUCCAAAUGAACUUAGAAGCUGGGGGAGGCCUGCACCACACCCUCUUUCUGCCCCCAGCUUCUGCCUCUGGCCAGUGUCCCUGCGCCUGUCAGAGCUGCCGCGGGAACCUCCUCUCACCCUCCUCACCAGGCCCCUAGGACUCGCAGUUUUCACAGAGUGAUUUGCAGUGGCUUUGAGGGCCCAGCCCUGAAACACCUCUGUGCAUAGUGUGUGCCUAGUGGUUCCCACAUGGCCUUCCUGCGCCCACUGACUGGGCUGACUUUUGUCCCCACCCAGGGACAAGUGGAGAAGUAGCACAGCUGGCUUACUCUGGGGACAUCCCCAUCCUGUCCCUGUCCUGGGCUUUAAUCUCUACUCCCUGCAGUGAAUUCUGGAACCCUGAGCCAUCACCCAGCUGUUCCUUAAUGUCCUUGUUUCUGGACAGAGAAUAACUUUGCAGAUGUUACAUUUGGUUAAGAGAGAGAGAGAGGCAGAAUUGCAAACAAAACCUAAUAUAUUUUAAGAAAAUGUUAUCUUUUCCAGGGAAAAAUAGUUAAACCCAUUUUUUAAAUCUGCUAAGAAUGAUUUAUUUGUUAGAGGUCAUUGGUCUGGUAGACUUCAGCAAUGGUUGCCUGAGAGUUUUAAAAAUAGGAGACUGAGGUCCCUGGAAACCCUGUUCCAGUCUGCAGAAGCAUAGUGACUGAGGACAGAGUCACUGGCCAGGUCCUGGGGCUUUGGGCAAACUGAAAGGUGAGACUUGGGGUCAGUUUGAGAGGGAGAAGGAAGCAUUCCGUAGGCUGUGGCACACUGGGACGAUUUCCCAGCCAGCCCAGUUGACAUUCCGGUGGACAGGGAAUUCAGAAGGCACUUCCUGUCACUGGGCCCUCCCAGGCUAUGCACAAAGCACCGUGUCUCAAAGGCAGAGUGUGAGCACUUCCCAGGGCCCCCUGUGUUCUGACACGUCCACCCAUUUGUCCCUUUGGAGAAGGGCCUUCUGAUCAGAUCAGGAGUCAUUCUGACUUCAUUUCCCAGUGUUAGCAGAACUUUUUAAAAUGGAAGUGGAGUUUAGAGAGGCUGAGGGAGGCCACACAAACCCACAACAGGUGCAGACUGCAGCUACUCUGGGCAUAUGUUUGUGUUGUGUGGUCUGUGCUUUCUUCUGGUUCUUUAGUUUCCAAGUGCAAGGAGGUCACUGGCUGGAACCUGGAUCCCUUUGCGGAGAAAGUGCUGAACAGAGGAGUGCAGUAGCUGCUGGGUGUGGGGUGUGAGCAAAGACCCCUUUCACAACCAAGUUCAUUGGGAAACUCAGGACACAAGCUCCCAGGCAGCAUCUAAAAGGGGAUAUACUAGAGACAGCUGUUGGCAAAGGCCUGCCAGAUCAAAGAGGCCCUGUGGUCAAGGUCACAAAUGCCUGUGAGGUCUAGGACACUGACACAGAGGAGUGAAGCUGUUGGUUAGCACAGUAGGGAGUGGUGGGGAUUGUGGCCUACUGGCACACACAUGACCCGUCCAACAGGAGCAGCUGCUACUCAGUCCCAUCCUGGCAGUGCCUGUGAGAAUGCAGGCACACACAGCAGAAUCUCCCUAUCUGUUCAGGGAAACCAGAGAUCCAGAUUUUAAUAGGAAAUCAGAUUUUUCAGUGUCAGCAGUUUUUAAAACAGAUUUUAUUUAUUUAUUUUUAGAGAGAGGGAGAGAAACAUCGAUGUGCAAGAGAUAGAUUGAUUAGUUGCCUCUCUCACAGCCACAACUGGGGAC